CGGGCCCAGAGGACCGCCUCCGGCGGGUUGUAGACCGGCGCUCAGCGCUUGGAGUCCCUGCGAGCCUUUCGGUUGCCGUUCUCAGCCAUGGCUCUGCGCUGCUGGCGCUGGUGGCAUUGUUCUGCGUGGCCUGGGGUCCGGUCGCCUCCUUCCAGGAGCAUCCCGACCCCAGGCUUCUGCCGGCAGUUCUCCACACAGGAGAAGACCCCUCAGGUCUGCGUGGUUGGCAGUGGCCCAGCUGGCUUCUACACCGCCCAACACCUGUUAAAGCACCAUACCCGGGCCCAUGUUGACAUCUACGAGAAGCAGCUCGUGCCCUUUGGCCUGGUACGCUUUGGUGUGGCACCUGACCACCCUGAAGUCAAGAAUGUCAUCAACACGUUUACACAGACAGCCCGCUCGGACCGCUGUUCUUUCCGGGGCAAUGUGGAGGUGGGCAGGGACGUGUCGGUGCCAGAGCUCCAGGAAGCCUACCACGCGGUGGUGCUGAGUUACGGAGCAGAGGACCACCAGACCCUGGACAUUCCUGGUGAGGAGCUGCCUGGCGUGGUCUCAGCCCGGGCCUUUGUGGGCUGGUACAAUGGUCUUCCUGAGAACCAGGCUCUGGCACCGGAUCUGAACUGUGACACAGCUGUGAUUCUGGGACAGGGGAAUGUGGCUCUGGAUGUGGCCCGGAUCCUGCUGACCCCACCUCAGCACCUGGAGAAAACAGACAUCACAGAAGCUGCUAUGGGGGUCCUGAGGCAGAGCCGGGUGAAGACUGUGUGGAUAGUUGGCCGGCGUGGACCCCUGCAAGUGGCCUUCACCAUUAAGGAACUUCGAGAGAUGAUUCAGUUGCCAGGAACCCGGCCCAUUUUGGAUUCUUCGGAUUUCUUGGGCCUCCAGGACAGAAUUAAGGAUGUCCCCCGUCCAAGGAGACGGCUGACAGAGCUGCUGCUUCGGACAGCCACAGAGAAGCCAGGGGUGGAAGAAGCUGCCCGUCAGGCACUGGCCUCCCGGGCCUGGGGCCUCAGGUUUUUCCGAAGCCCCCAGCAGGUGCUGCCCACACCAGAUGGGCAACAGGUAGCAGGCAUCCGCCUGGCAGUCACCAGACUGGAGGGUGUUGGUGAGUCCACUCGGGCGGUGCCCACGGGAGAAGUGGAGGACCUCCCUUGUGGACUGGUGCUGAGCAGCGUUGGGUAUAAGAGCCGCCCCAUUGACCCCAGUGUGCCCUUUGACCCCAAGCUUGGAGUCAUUCCCAACAUAGAAGGCCGGGUUGUGAAUGUACCAGGCCUCUACUGCAGUGGCUGGGUGAAGAGGGGACCCACAGGUGUUAUCACCACGACCAUGACAGACAGCUUCCUCACCAGCCAGGUGCUGUUGCAGGACCUGAAUGCGGGGCUGCUGCCCUCUGGCCCCAGACCUGGCUAUACAGCCAUUCAAGCCUUGCUCAGCAAUCGAGGGGUCCGGCCAGUCUCUUUCUCAGACUGGGAGAAGCUGGAUGCUGAGGAGGUAUGUCGAGGCCAGGGCUCUGGGAAGCCGAGGGAGAAGCUGGUGGAUCCGAGGGAGAUGCUGCAGCUGCUGGGGCACUGAGUCUGGACCCCAGCCCCUGCCACGAAGAAAAAGAGCCUUGUGCAAGGAUAAGGGGCCUGAAGCAGUUGGAGUUAGACUCUCCUCCCAGAUACAGUGCCAACUGCCCUGGCUUCGAGGCCAAGCUGCAGCCCUUCCAGGGACGGCUGAACUCUGCCUCUGCAAGCUGAUGUUGCCAGUGUGGGUCUAGGCCACCGAGGGAACCCUAAGUUAGGGACUGAUGGACAUACAGGCUGACUCUACCCCCUUCCGCUUCCUUCCUGGUGAAUUGGAGGGCUCCUAGAAUGGGGGCACAGUGGAAAUAAAACAGCUGUACCAAAGA